GACGUCAUCAACCGGCGACAGCGUCCUGCCAAAACAAACAGCAGCUGCAGGGCUGGUUACCUAGCCGCCGAGUUUACUCAAUAAAUACCCAGUUAUGUGCACCGAGUGCAGUUCCUGCGGUCAUCGUAUAUCAAAACAAUUUCGUGUGGCGGACGAAGUGAAGGUGAAGGCAGCAGAGAUUUGACUCGUCUUUUCUAUGGCAAGUCAAAACUGGCUGGAUUCUUCGCUGCGUCGCUCGGCCCUGCUCGGACAGGAGGUGCUGCGGCGGGCCUCCAGACGGAGCGUGGACUGGACCAGUACGACCAGUACCUCCCAAACCCCCACCAGUAACCAAGAUGACCGAAACACACUCAAGAGAACACAUACAAACCUCCAUGAUGCGUUUGGGACUAUAGCAGAGUUUAUGGCACAGACUACCCAUCAGUGCAAGAACUUCUAUGACUCUGAGCAUUGUGAAACCAGCAACAUUGAGAGGAACCAUGUGUCCAGGUUCCACACACAGCCAACCACUGGAACGACUAUGUCUGCCCUCUCAACCAGGAAACAUGGCUGCAUGUCAGUGGGUGAGGAUUUUCACAUUGAGGUUUCCCCAGGGACCUACGCCAUCACCGCAGGCACGCCAGACUCAGGCCAACAGACCGAGCUGGUUAACAUCAAGGCUGGAGAGAGUGUCAACCUCACCUUUAACUUCUGAGCACCUAUGUGACUAUACCAGUCACUUUUGAUCCUGUGAAUAUCCAUAAUGAAAGCCAUCCAAUCCAAAUAUUGUUUACAUGUGUAUUUUGCCUCUUUUCAUAUUAUUACUGUCAUUUAACAGUCUAUAUUUUGUUGAUUUUUUUUUGUGUGGAUAGAAGCCAUAUUUUCAUUGUAUUUUGAGGGUAUUUGUUCAUAGGUUAUCAAAGAAGGUUGAAUUAUUUCAUCUGGAUACAACGUUUUUUGACAUACGUUUCAUCACUCAACUAAGUGACCUCUCC